UGGCCUACUUAUCCAAUUCCAGACACAUCCACGUUAGAAGGGCACAUAGAAUUCAGAAGCCUGUGGAAAACAAAGUUAACAAACACAAAACGCAAGCAAAACACGAAACAUACAAAGAAAUUCUCAAAUUCUACAUUUUAAUUCUAAUUCUGUCUCCUAUUAUCACUCAAACCCAUUUCUCUAAAAUCUGUUCUCUCUACUCUCUCUGUAUCAAUUUCUCUGCAAAAGAAAAUGAUUCUGUAAAAUGUGCACGACAAGAAGGGAAUGUUCGUUCAGUUCAGAGACAAUGGAGCAAAAUACUGGAAGUUUCCGUCGCAAUAGAACACAACCUUCAGAGCAUUCUACAUGUACUGAUAAAGAAAAUCAGUCCAAAGAAAAAGAUAUGGGCACUUCCAUAUAUGUCAAUCAUGCUGCAAUUGCCUGGCAAGAGAGUAGAAGAAAGUGGGUGGGGGAUCCAUCUCGACGACCAAAAAGAAAGGCAAAGGACCCAAUUAUAAGUUGGUCCAUGGCAUAUGAAGAUCUGCUCUUGACUAAUGAGCCUUUUCCUGAGCGAAUUCCUCUACCUGAUUUAUUUAUUGCAGGGAUUGACACAACAUCAAGCACUGUUGAAUGGGCACUGUCUGAGUUAAUACAUAACCCUGAAAAAAUGGCUAAAGCCCGAGACGAGCUUAAAGAAGUUCUUGGCAAGGAUCGGCUAGUUCAAGAAGUGGACAUCUCAAAGUUCCCUUUUCUACGAGCAAUAGUGAAAGAAACCCUUCGUUUGCACCCACCAGCACCUUUUCUAGUUCCUCACAAGGCUGAGACUAAUGUAGAAAUGCGUGGCUUUAUUGUGCCCAAAAAUGCACAAAUACUAGUAAACGUGUGGGCAAUGGGACGAGACUCAAGCAUAUGGACAAACCCAAAUUUAUUUAUGCCUGAAAGGUUCUUAGAACAAGACAUUGACUUCAAAGGAAAAAACUUCGAGCUAAUUCCCUUUGGAGCUGGAAGAAGAAUCUGUCCUGGAUUGCCGUUUGCUAAUCGGAUGGUGCCCUUAAUGUUGGCAUCUCUUGUACAUUUCUUUAAUUGGAAGCUUGCAGAUGAGAUGAAUCCAGAAGAUAUGGAUAUGAGUGAGAGUGAGACCUUUGGACUCACCUUACACAGGGCUAAGCCUCUCCGGGUUAUUCCAACUAGAGUGUAACUUCUGUUAUUUCUGUUUUUUAGGCAAGUGUAUGUGCAUGAGUAGAAUCGUUUAAUGUUAGGAUUUUCCACAAGCAUUAUUGUUCACCGUUGGUAGUAAUCUUCUUGAAUCGUCAUGUUAUGUGUUACAAUAAAUUUAAAAAUAAUAUAAUAAUUGUUGAGAAACAAGGUGGACA